AACCAAGGAAACAGUCUCCGCAAGCGAAAGUAGCCAACCAAACCAGUAGCCACACAUCCAUAAUCCUAUUUACAGUAAAGGCGCUUGUCUUCCCAAAGCAAUGGGUCCAACCAUGGCCGUGGCACAUGCGCAGCAGCCCAAGCUCCAGCAGCGGCCGCCUCCGUCCGCCUCGGCCGAGGACGACGAGGAGCGGUUGAGGAAGAGGAACGAGGAGCUGGAGAGGGAGUUGCAGAAGAGCCUGGAGCGGGAGGAGACGAUGAAGCGGGAGCUGCAGAGAACCUGGGAGAGGCUGCGAGUGGCGGAGGAGGCCGAGGAGCGGCUCUGCUCUCAACUCGGCGAGCUCGAGGCAGAGGCCGUUGACGAGGCCCGCUCCUACCGCUCCCGCAUUCUCUCCCUGAUGGAUCAGCUCUCCGCCGCCCAAAAGCUCCUCCAGGCCGCCUCUCCGACUCCUCAAUGAUCCCGAUUCCGUCUUGUAGAUCAAUUACUUCUCAUUUUCUUCGUAAGAUUUGCCUGCGUAAGCCUGGAUGUGAAGAGAGGUGUCAGAUCUGGUUGUGUACCGUAAAAUUGCCGUGAAUUCCGUGUGUCUAGGGUUCAGGAACCAGGGAUUGUUAAAGUUAAUGCGUGUAAUUAUGAUUGUUUUUGUUUCGAUCGAUGAGUGGUGUAAUUUGGAUCCUGCCGCCGGGAGUUCGAGUUGUUUCUGAUCGGAUUCUUCCCGGUGUAAUUGGGAUAUAUGAAAUUCAAAAUUGAAAAUUGUAGUC